CCAAGAAACCAAAAUGGAAAACAUACAUUUUGAUCCAGGGGAAGACUCUGAUAUUCAAAAAGAAAAAGAAACAACACAAAAAAGCAAAAGGAAAAAGAAUUCGGAAAACGAAGAAGAAUCAAAUCCAAAACUCCUGCGAAAUGAAAAUGAACAACAUUCAAAGUUCCCGCCAAACCAGAUAGCCAACGGUUUUCACCGAACUGAAGAACAACAACAUACAUCAUCAGCUGAGAUUACCACUGAAAUGCAAAUAGAACCCCCACAAAAUAUGGUGUAAAAAUCAAGAAGAAACAGUGGAACACAUACUCCUUCACUGUCCAAGAUUCAAUUCAAACAGAGUGAUAUUGCUGGAAUCAUUAAAGAAAAUAAAAAUUAAUAACCCAAGUGUAAAACUGUUGAUCACAGGAGAAGAUUUCCCAGAAGAUCAAAAAUAUUACAUAUUAAGACAUACCAAAAUAUUCUUACAAAAAACAAGAAUUAUAGACAUGAUAUAAUAGAAGAAAGAAGAUGAAAGAAAAAGGAUCCAGGGGAUAUAGACAGAAAGAGUCUGAAACCCUAUAAAAAGAAAGAAGAAGAAG